AUGUCCCUUUGUGUAUCCGUUCGACCACUUUCUCGUACCCUUUAUCUCCAUGGCACCCCAGACGCUGCCACUUUUUACUCUCUUUCUGGAACGGUCGAGCUGUCUCUCGAUUCGUCCGCAGCCACUUCUGCCUCACUCCUUCUGACCUCUCUCGUUGUCAAAUUUGUCGGUCGAUCGCAGCAUACCCAACAUGACAAGGAUGCAAUAUUUUCCCCUCUCCAUGGUAAAGACCGCCUCACACUUUGUUCCGUCACUCGGGAGCUCGUCGACGAACCGACAAUGCUCGACUUUACCAACACCUCGUAUUCAGGGGACGCCGCACGCUAUAGCGUUCUCUUUGACCUCCAUUCUAUUCCCGGAUGGCUUCCCCCUUCGGCCGUCGCCAAACACGCAAUCGCGAAUGACGACGAGCUCAGCGAUAUCUUGGCGUGUUCCGAGACGACAUAUAGUCUUACAGUACACGCGACCUACAAGGUUAUCGAGGCCGCACAUAGUGACGGUCUGCUCCAAGCCGACAAUGCCACAGAUUCAGAGGGGCUUGCAUGUCUAUUGAAUGCGUGCAACCCUCUAUCAAGUUUGUCUACCGCGCUCAGCUCUAGCAGCCGUUCUUAUGGACCAGGUCCAGCAUACAACGCAGUAAACACGCAGGAUAUGGAUAUUGUGGCUUCACUUCCGACUUGUGCGGCUACCGACGUUGUACCUAUUACAGUUACGCGCCUUCUCGUUCCCUCUUCACUCCUUUCAUCUCCAGGACCCCGCCAAAUUCACCAACCUCCACCACCAACUACCAAAUACACCAUCACUGCACACUCGACACCAUCUUCACCCAUUCCAGACGAGCUCUGUUCCCGACUGCAACUGGUUGUUUCUACUCCCUCUUUCCUCAGUACAUCGGAAGACAGUCUUGGUUUUGUCGUAAAGAUGAGGCUCAAGCCGCAAGAAGGAGAAUCGGCGGAUGCGGGAACGCUCACCGUCUCUCAUGUCGAUAUCGACAUUGAGGAACACGCGGCGUUUCGUACUCGUCCAGAAGAGAUAUUCGUGACCUGUUCACGCGAGUCUGGCGGUGCCAGAAUGACGUCUGAACCCGUUGUCCUCGAAUCCACCUCGACAGAUUCUCCUAGACAGAACAAUAGCCGAUGGUGGAGCUCGGCAUUGCGAGCCCUCUCAUCUUCUUUCUCUUCACGGCUUGUCGCUGCAUCGGACUUUGCACCCCCCUAUAGUCAGCCAUCUGAGCAUCGACGGUCAACCAGUAUUAGCAGCCACACCGUCGAGGAAGCAAAGUGGCGUGUCGCAAGAUCUCUUUUACACGAGGAUGCCGCUUCAUCAUUUUGGCUCGACGAGAACGAGACGCCAGAUUCCAGCGACGAUGAUGAUGAAGUUCCCGUCAAGCACGCUCAUGCGCUCGGUCAAGACGGCUCGUGGUCGACGAUUCGCCUCAAUCUCAAGUUGAUUAACUCGAAUUCCACCACUAGCAAAUCAGAGGGAGGAAUCUCGGUCGACUACUCCUCGGGCUCGAGCCCUCAGCGGACGAUUGCGCCUUCUUACCAUGGUCCAUACGCCCGCGUAGCCCACUUGUUACGUAUAUCGGCACAUGUUGGAUAUAGGAGAGCAGAUGGUACCAUUGACGAGCGGAUGAAGGAUACGGUCCAAUUCGAACUUCCACUCCAUUUCGUCGUGCGUCCACCAAGUACACCAUCCAGCGAAACUACCCGACAGAGCACUCUCACUACAUCUUCAUCCACAAUUCGGACCAACGUGAAUCCAUAUGCAUCGUAUGCGAUGCGCAUGCCAUCUGUGGGCACAUCUGGAGUACCCACGAAUGAAUUGGACCCUUUGGUAUUACCAGCUUAUUCUCAAAUAUUCGAUCGAGAUGGCGAGCUGCGUGUCGAUACGACCCGAGGCGUUCCCCCACCGUACUGUCCUGCACCCUCGAGUCCGCGUACGGGGGGACCGGACAUAUCAGAUCAAUCUUCGGAGACGGAUUCUAGUGCGGAUAAUGGGAAUGCACAGGCCGGUGUAACCCUUCUCGAGGAUGGCGUGCUGGUCACGAAGCCGGAGCUGGUACCCAUUGGUACAGCAGUCCUCAGCUGGCAGCAUCUCAAAUCGCUCAUCGAGACUCGAUAG